AUGUCAGAUCAACUAAUGGAAUCUGACAAAUUAUUUCACAAUGAUUCGAAUGAUAUUAUUAUAAAUGCUGUUGAUGGUUUACCAAAUGUUCAUCCUAAUUACAACGAAUUUGAGCUUGAAAGAAAUGAUGUCAAAACAUCUGAAGAUUCUCGAUCGUUAGACGAACUUAUUCACGAUGAAGAUUUGCCCACUUCUUUAAUUGUUACUAACAUAGAUAGUUCAGUUUUUCACAGUGAAGAAGCCAAGAAAAAAAUACAGGUAUUAUUUUCUCAAUUUGGGGAACCAGAAUCUAUUCAGUUUUUUCGAAGUUUUAGGAGAAUGAGGGUCAAUUAUAAGUGUCCCUCAGCAGCAGCUAAAGCCAGAAUUCAGCUUCAUCAAGCUAAUUUUGGAAAAAAGAAAAUUAAUUGUUAUUUUGCUCAGCCUGUUUCUCCAAUCGACUUGGAGGAUCAACAUUUACAUCCACCAGCACUCACCAAACAGUUCCUUAUUUCUCCUCCUGCUUCACCUCCUGUCGGAUGGGAACCCAAAGAGGAAAGUGAACCUCUUGUAAAUUAUGAUUUGCUUGCUGCCAUUGCAAAUCUCACUCCUGGAGAAGCUCAUGAAAUACAUCCACCUCAAGGCGGACAACCUGGUAUUGUUGUUCAUGUUUGCGAAGAGCCUUCAACUGCUGUAAAGUCAAGGAUUAUUCAUACCAGAAACGAUGAUCGUUUUAGUACCGACAAUAAAGCGAAGAUUUCUCGGGUCAGUCGGAGAAAAACUGAUUGUUUCGUUGAGGAAAAACAACAAACCAGAAACAGGAAAACCCAGGAAGUGUACGGUCACACAGAUGAACCAUUUCUAUUAUUAUUAGCACCACUAAGAUCUCUUCCUACACCAAUAAAUGAGUGGAUAAAUGAUCCAUUUUGA